AACUAGAUUCACCUUUAGCCUUGAAUUGGCACUGAUCGAGGCUUGGCCAGUAGAGCGCGCCCAAGAUCAGUUCCAGUUCGCCAUCCCGUCGAGAUGCAUCGCUUCAAUCGUUGGAUCUUUUUCUUGGUUCCGUUUCUGGUGGGAUUCGUGCAAGUAUCGCCCAAGAACAUCACCUGCUGGGAGUUGCCGUGCAAGCAGAAUCGAUACCACUUUGAUUGCUGCAUCCGGCAGCUCGAGAUCGACGACGGAACAACCAUCGAGCAGGCCAACUUCCGCAAACAGCAGUACAUCCUGCUGGAGGACAGCAACAUCUACACGGCAUCACCGCAGCUGUUCCACCUGAUGAUCGACGCCAAGAUGUUGGAGAUUUCCGGCGGAUUCGUACCGUGGGUCCAUCUACCACCCUCGGUAACCGUACUCAUCAUCUACGACAGCCAAACCAAGCAGAUCUUCGUCGACCCGGAGGAGCGAAAGUAUCGACUGAUAUGGCUGGAAGUUCGGAACAUUACCAUGAAGGAGAUCCCCCCCAACCUGAACCAACUGCGCGACCUCGAGCACAUCGGCCUCGUCCAAUCCGGGCUGGAGUUUCUCGUAAUGGACCAGUUCGACGGACUCAACAAGCUGGAAGAGCUCAACCUGUCCGGCAACAACAUCGCCCGAAUCUACGUCAACUUCCCGAUGCGACUGCCCUCGCUCAGGACGCUCCAACUCAACGACAACAAGCUGUCCGCCAUCGACCUGAGCUACUGGCACAUGCCCGAGCUGACGACGUUCGAUCUGUCCUCGAACCGGCUCCGGUACAUGCUGCACUACAACAGCAACCAGUUCGAGAAGCUGUGCGCCAUCCGGGCCGAGCGGAACCGCUGGAACUGCAAGUGGCUGGAGGAGUUUCUGCACGCGUGCUUCCACUUCCGGGGGUACGGAGUCAGUGAGCGGCAGUUUGAGUGUGAUGAGGAUGAAGAGUGGCAGGCGAACUGCUGCUACGGGAACGAAACGGAUGUCGGCUAUACGGAGUAUCUGCAGGAGAUGGCGCACAUUUAGGGUGGUAGCCGACUUUAGGAUAGUGUGUUGACGUUUCGAUUCUUAAAAUUUUCAAGUGUUCAUUUUGGAAGUGUAAAAUUUUGUGUGUAAGAAUAAAUCAUAGUAAACAUUCUAGGGAGAA